AGGUUGUUGGGCUGGAGAAUUCGCGACGAUGGCGACGACGACUCGGUGCUGGAGAGGGACGCAGUGAAGCUGGCUUCGGCUCUGAUAUGACUCAUUCUUAUCUGGUCGAGGUUUGUUUGCUGCUCAAUAACUGCACGGGCUUCGGAUGAAUCUUUGGCUCCUAACUUCUCCUCACUCCGUGUGCUGGUGAGUGCGCCGGUCGCGGUCGUUCAUUUGUGUGUGUUUUGACAGAGGCCUCCUCUCUGGGUUCCGCCCUCCAUCUCACAACAACAAAAACAGUUGCAUAGCCGCGCUAGCUUAACAAGCUAAUGUCAGCUAGUCAGCUUACUGCCUCGUCUGUGUGUCACGGCUACUAACGGCAAACUCUUAAGUACUUCGAGAUUACUACGGUGCAAAAAUGCUCUCCAGUCGACGCAAAGAUCCGCUCUUUUCGGUCUUAAUAUGCACUCUGAGUUAGCCGAGCGUUAGCGUGCUAGCAAUACUUUGGGGACGUGUUAUCUUGAUUAACUGUAGACGUUAGCUCUCAUGCUACUGAGGAUCUGGCACAAUCUGGACCUACACGACAAGAAUGCACAUCUAUAUUAACUACUAUUGUUAACUAGCUGGUGUUAAUUGAUAUUUGGAGUUGGUAGAUAUCUCCCGUUUAGACCUAAUGUUAGUAACAGUCUGCUUAAAGGUGUCUCCAUCAGUUAUGUCGCAGAGGACUUCGCCUUUUGCCAAUCUUUAAGUUUCAUUAUAACUUAUUUCAGGAAUGAUUAACUUGAUUUCUUUCGGUUUGACUGUGAAAUCUUGAGGUUACUUUGGUGUCUUUGGUAAUGGUGUAAAUACUUUGCUAGUUCACAUCAACAUAAAGUUUAUUAGUAUAAAAAAGUUAUUCAUUUACUUCAACUUUUAAUGAGUAGCUUGUUGUUUAUUUGUACUUUUUGAUUAGUUUUGAAAUUAACACUUUCAUUUAAUUAUUUUCUGGACAAAAUAUUGCCCUUCACUACAUUAAAAAGCAUCAAUUACUGUAUAAAAAUUACAAAUCAAUAUAAAAACUUUACAUUAAAAGCAUGGUAAGCAGCUGAGCAGAUGUCUUAAAUUGUGUAAAACCCUCCUACAAGGUCAUUUCAUCUCAUAUUUAGUCAAAAAUCUAAUUUAACUUAUUGUAAACUUUCGCAAACUUAAGUCCUGUAUUUAAAAGAUUUUGUACUUGCUGCAUUUGCUGCCACUUUCAUCAUUUCAAUUAAUAAGUCUUUAUUCUUGACUCUUAAUCACAUGCCUCUCUACACAGGAGGAGGCCAUGACUUUCAGUGCAGAGGUCUUUUAGAAAGUGUUGAAAGUGUCGUGCAGAGUACUGUUUGUUAUAUUGCAUAAAAUAGUUUCAGAAAUUAUGUUUUUGCGUUAUUGGGGGUACGGCUUAUUCCCCUACAUCCAACCCCAGUGUUAAAAAGUACUACUAAGUACUUGAAUAACAUAUCAAAUGAAGUAUUUUUUACUUUAAUGGGGUAGAAUUACAAACCAGCAGUUUUAUUCUGCUUCAGUAAGAUGUACUUUUAAUUUAGCAGAAUUAGUUAUCUUUACUGUUGUGAAACUUUUGCUUUCACUUUCAGGCGCCUUAUAUGCUCUUAUGUUACUUCACCCUUUUCAUGGCCACAGUUCAAUAUUGCUAUCCAAAUGUCAACUUGCGUAAUCUUAGUGUUGUCAGUGCAUCGUCAUGAUCUCUGCACAUAUUUGAGUCUGAGGGUGGACUCUCUGCUUGAAAAUGUUGCAGCCUGUGAUGCACGGUGGCUAGUCACGGGACAGGAGUAACGUUAAGGCUCUAAGGGGCUUAGCCGUCCCUGUGUAACUCUGAACUCAGAUCCAGACUGAGCCGUAGCCACAGGUCAUAAGCCCGCUGCAGUAAAUAGAGCCCUGUGUGUUUGGCUGAUAUGCUUUAUCUGGUAGCACCAGCAGUAAAAACAGGGCUCCCCAGUGAGUGAUGUAAUGACCUCCGCCGGCUGCUUUACAUCACUUGACCAUCAGAUGGGACUGAGGGCCGUGUCAAAUGCUGAUGUAACAGUUUUUAUAGUUUUGCUCUUCUGCGUCUCUAAUGUUACAGAAAAGGUGUGUCAAGUUCUGCUCACUCACUGACCUUCUUAGCUCAGGUUUCAGUCUCUGUAAGAGUAGCUGACCUAGACAACCACUUUUAGGCCUGAAUACCAAGUUUUGUAACAGGCGCUCUGUUUUAAAUCAGAAAGAUUGAACAGAAAUGGUCAUUUCUUCCUGUUCUAAUGAAAAAUAUUUUUGCAGAUAUUUGAUCAUAAAUGAUAUAUAAUACCAGCAUCUAGCCCCACACUUCAGCUAUGACUGUGGCGCUUCUGAAUAAGUUAAAUAGACACAUGCUUGUGAUGUUAAACCCUUUUUCUCCUAAUCCAGAUGAGUAUUUAUCUCCAUCUCCACAGAUUUAUACAUCUUACUUGUGAGAGCUUACAGACAGAAUCAUCAGGACAUCUCAUCGAUACUGAUUGUCAGCGGUAAGUGUGAAAUAUAUUGAACUUUUUGGCCAUGACAGUUUUAGUUUUGCAUCAGCAAACCCCAUACCCAGUCAUUUAGAAAGUACUUCCACAUCCUGAUGAUUGCAUCACAUUGACAGAAUGUAAGCAAUUUUUGCAGGACUUCAAAUCGAAUCCCUGCAUCUAGUCUUAUACAAGAUCCUUGAAAAUCUAUCCGAAUGCAGUCCAAACAAAGCCAAAAGAAGCACUAAAACUAUUUUGGCAAAAUGUGGAAGUGUGGCGGAGAGAGAGAUCGGACAGGAGAUGUCUCAGUGAUCUCUGGCAGGUUUCAAAUCGGGGAAAUUCAGUUAUUUGGACUGUAUCUUCAACCUUGAGCCAACGGAACCUCAACAAAGGUGAAUCUGUAUUUUAGUUAACAAACCAUCUCAGAGAAAUUUAAAGCUUUACAGUCAGAUUUAAAGCCACAUAAAAAUUGUGUUGGAUACUUUAAAUAAGCAGUUGUUUUUAUCAGGUUCAGAAGUACUUUUGAUCUUUUGUUUGUAUGUUUUAUAGGUUUGUUAAGCUGUUUUGGAAAUAUUUACCUUAGGUCUCUAACUUCUUGCUACACAUUAUGAUGUAACUUCUGUCAUUCUAAAAUGUCAGAAAAAACAGCCUCUAGUUACAGAAGUCAGUAGUUCAGAGAAAAUAUGAGUUUUCCAUCAGAAAAACUUAACAACUUUCUUUUUUCAUCGUUUACAGACUGGUCCAGGCCGGAGGUCUUUGUUGGGUGACCCACACUCCUUCACAGGGGCCAUGGUAAAGUACAUUUACUUCACACAUUGAUAGCAGCUUCUCUGUGGCCUGUGCGUGGGCUGAUGAAUCAGAAUCUUCCAUUGAUUCUCUUUUAAUCAGCUCUGUUUACCAGAGAGCAGACACUUCAAUGUCAGCUUUAGCCGUGUCGAAGGUCUUCAGAGGCUGUCGUAUAAGCAGGGCAGCUUUCAGUUUUCAUUAAAAGCUACCCUGCAGACAGAAGCCCCAGCAGAGCUUAUUGCAGAAUUUUCCUUCAGAUUGCUACACCAGACCCACCGGUUUGGAUGCAUUGCUUGUCGAAUGGUUUGUGUUUGCAUGAGUUUUCGUGAACUUGGCAUGCUGCCGUAUACCCGCUGCCCCCACGGUUGGCCUCAGCACUCUGGUCCUCUGGCCAUUACACUUGUGCGUAUAUCAGCUGUACCAGCACUUGGAAAGCAAUCAACAGGCUGCACGGUUGCUGUCUGGCAUCUCUUCGACCACCUUUAUCAUUCUUUGAACACCAUCCAGAGUAAACUCUGUUCUUGACCAAACACAGCCCAUAGAUCCUCCUCCAUCUCUGCGAGUACAAGGCCAGAAUUUUUUAUCCAGUCGUUUGCCCUUGAGGAAAAAUCUCUGACUCUGCUUGAACAUUCUCCGACAGAGAUAUGUCCAUAUCAUAUAAUAUAAACUAAGACAUUUUUUAAUCAACUAAGCAGACCGACUUUUGGUGAAAACUCUGUCAUUAAAGGUCCUGUUAAGAACUUUUGUUUGCGUCAAAUUUGGUGCCCCCUGUGGACAAAGCAGUCUUAACUUAUUUUUGUGUUAUUUAUAAAAACAAAUCUCAUCCUGCUGACUUUUGAUGGUCAAAUGUCGUAUUUUUAAUGAAUGUUUUAAUGGAAAUCAUAAAAACAUGUCUGUUUCUUCAGCGGCAAGACUUGGACCGACCCCCCUCAAACUGAUUUCAGACACAAAAAUAAGGAUAUAAAGAUCUUAAGUCUUGCUGCUGAUGAUCUUGUUAUAUCUAUAAAGGGAUCAGGAUUCAUUUCAGUCUAUUUCAUACAUGUCAAAAACUCCUCACAGGAGCUUUUGCAUAAAGAAUAUAUGAUUUUUUAUCAUUUUCUUAAAGGGUCUUAUGUCGAAAUAUGAAAGUAUGUUUGUAACACUGACUGUCAUCUGUUACACCACAGCUUGUUUUGACAAUGGCUGAUUAUAGUAAAUCAGGCUGGGAUGUUUAUUACAGUGUGGGUGGAGAAGGAGAAGACAGCCACACAAAGCAGGUUGUUAGUAAUCUGAAAUCCAAUUCCUAAUGCCAGGAAACCGAGGCAAAUCGAAGUGAUGGAGUCACAUUUCUGUCUUUGCCUCAAAGAUGAAGUCUUUUAGCUUCCCAAACUACUAUAAAGCAGCGUAAUGGUUGGCUGGGUAUUUACGUGAGAGUGUGCUCGAAUGUGAUAAGGUUGUGGUUGGUAAAACUUGAUACGCUUCAGUGCCAUUUAUCGUCUUUUUCUCUCUGUAGGAGGAGGAGGGGCAGCAGCAGAGCGGUAUCCAGGCCAAUCACUUCUUCCCCAAGAAGUCUCCCGUCUUGGAGGAGGAGAACAUGCAGGUGAGGAGGCCGCUGCUUCAUCCUUGUAUACUGAGUGUUGAUUGUUUAUGUGUAGGCGUGUCUCUUCUUGUAACACACUAUGACACAAUUGCUUUUAAGUCACAUCACUUUGAGCUUUAUCAGCUACAGAAGCUGAAGUGUUUCUGACAUCUGACAUGAAUUACUUUGAUCGUGAAUGCCCCGUUUACCUAGCUAGCUCAAGGUGAGAAUGAUAAGCUGUUACUUACCUGUCAUGUACUCUAUGAUUUUUUUAAAGUCCUGGGGAAAUAAGCUCAGAGUGUACGAGUAAAUCAUAUAUGACACACCAGUGAAGCUCAUAAUUUAUGAGUUCCCUCUAUAUGGUCCAACUUUCAGGUGCUCACUCUGAGUGAAUUAAAUCUGAUGGAGCUUUGAUAACUGUCAAUAAAUUUUCCUUUUAUGACACCCACACAGGGAAGAAAGAGUCAGAUGAUAUGACUUCAACACUUAUUAUACAACUAUCACCUUUCUGAUAUGACCACACAUGAAUAUAUAAAUAAAAAAUCUUUAAAGGAAAUACAUUCAUGUCUUUCUUUGUUUUGUUCUCAGUUACACAGUCGUUUGUGAAAGCUAAUCAGAGUUGGCAUGUUUCCUCAUUACUGGCGAUGGUUGCGGCUCUCUCAGUUUGUUUAAAAAUGUCUCAUCUCCUGCGGUUGCUAGGUGCCCUUUCCUGAGCUGCAUGGGGAGUUUACAGAGUAUGUGGGGAGGGCAGAGGAUGCGAUCAUUGCGACGUCCAACUACCGUCUGCACAUCAAGUUCAAGGAAUCUGUUGUCAAUGUAAGUAUAUCUGAAAAGUGACACAUUAGCUGAAAGUUCAGCCACUCUAAAAGAAAUGAGGGAAGAAUGAACCCUGUUCUCUCUAACAGAGACUGUGAAUGUGAAAGACUAGUGUUUUGUGAAUGGACAGAGCUGGGCCCAGUGUGUCAGCAGCACUGUGGUGACCCGGCCAUUCAGAGCUGAUUUACACAAGCAGCAGUGCUGCAUGACUUCUCCUCUUUCUAGUCCAGCCUGCCUGCUCUGCUUUCUCACUGCACCUGCUGUUGCCUUGGUUGCAGAGGUCCCUGCCUCUCCUUCUCAAUUCACAAUGUUACUGUAGAGAGACGAGCUUCUUUCACUCAACAGUGGUUUUGGAAAUGUUCUCAUUUAUUUUUAAGUGUAUCUUUCUUUUCAGAUUCUCUUUCAUGUUGUAUUUUUGAGUGAAAAAGUUGCUCCUCAUGAUUUUACCUUCAUCUAAAUGACCAAAAGAGAAACACAUGUUUUGUUCAGAUCCUCAAACUUCUCUGUUGUUGACGUGCAAAAGCAGAAGUUGAACAAUAACAACACAAGACCGAGCUGUUUGUCAAUCCCCGACCUGCUGAUUGUAUUUUUCUAGAACUGAAAUUCAUAACCACAAAUUACAAUGUGAAAAUCAGUCUAAUUUAAUCGCUCUGCAAUGCAUCAAUCCUUUUUUUGUCCGGCCCUCACUGGUCAUAUGUUAACUUGUGACUUUGUUUUGCCGAGGUAAAUUAUCAGAUGUUCUCAGAGUCUGAGAAAGUGCAAGAGCGUAUCCUGUGUAUAUUUGGUCAAGGCUGAUUUUGUGGUUUCGGGUCACUUUGAAACAGGUUGUAGAGUCAACAGCUUGCCACACUUUUUCUCCCGCAUGGCUCUGAUGCACCCAAAACACAAAAUUGUGCAACGCUGAAUUUGCAAGUGUUUGGGACGGCUCCGCAUGUGGUAGCGUUCUCGUUUCAGAGAAAACGUCGAUAAGCCUUCAGCUCCUGGUGCAGAUUCUGGUUCCCUGUGCUCACUUUAGACCGAGCCAACAUUCUCCUCACAGAUAUUUGGAGUCGAUGAGGCAUUUGCAUCACAUGGCUUCACUGUCAAAGCUCGCAAAUCAGGGGUGGGAUGUGCUGCAAGGGAGUGAUAGUCUUUAACAAACAUCCCAGGAAUUUCAAUGGUGGCAAGAUAGGGGAUGUAGAUUAGAGGGCAGGAAUUAAGUUGAAGCAGCAGGAUGCCUGAACAUCCGGAAUGUGCUGGGGUUGCUGUCUCUCAUCGACAGAGAAAGUCCAAAAUCGACAUGCAUCACUUUUACACAUUUUCUCUCUGUUUCUCUCUGGAUAGGGUUGUUGUUGUGAGGUGUCAGUAAGUACCUGGCAGAGCUGCAUGGCGUGGAGUAGUGCCUGUCUGAACUGACUGUUGCUUUGAGGUCUUGAAUCCUGCUUGUUCAUUCUGUUAAAUAACACGCAACGGGAGAAAGUAGUGGUGAAUUAAACCGUGUGCUGUACAAACCUAUUUACAAAAAGCAUCCAAACUGCCGGACCUUGAAUGUAGCUCAUAAUAAAGCAGCAAAAUUCUUAAUCAGGGACUAACCCUCUACUGUACUGGGAGCUUUGCUUUGCAUCGAUUUGCAGCCGUUCUUGCAUGACUUUGGUCUGAGUGUGAGCUGCUGCACACUUUGGAUGAAAGCCCACCGCACUACAGACAUUGCUUUCAGCUAAUUAACAGAGCUCGGUCAAAAGCUCUAGUUCUUUUCCCUACAGUUUUGGAUGUGUGCUCUUAUGUCAUAAUAAGCACAUGACAUUUCCGUACUUUGGAUGUUGUUUGCUUAUAAAAGAUAAAACUGUAGACAGGCACUAAGCAGGAAAUCCAGAAACAAGCCAGUAUCAAGUUUUUCUUGUUCUUCUAUUUUAACUCGGAUUAAGAAGGUCAUGUUUAUUACAAAAAGAAGCUCAGGGCAGGACACUUAUUGUGGUGGUGGGGUGUUGGUGUUGACAUUCAGGGCUUCAUGAAAAUAUUUCAAGUAGUGCAUGAACACAAUACAUCGAAUAAAACCUGUUUCCACCACAUAAGUUUACUCAAAAUCAGGGCUGUCAGCAUGAAUGCUCUAAUCCUGAUGCAGGUUUCUGUGGGUCUCCCUCAGAGGAAUUUUCAUGCACUAAUUUGUGACUUUUAUUCCUCUUUUCAUGAUUAUGAUUUUACCUUUUUUGGUGUCAAUCCUAAACCUCUAUUAUCAUCAUCAUUAAUACAUUUACUUAUUUGAAUAAACUCAUAAACAUGUUGGCUUAAGAAGUUUCUGUUUUUCAGCACAAUCCUAGCGAUGGCAGCUUCUGUGAAAGAGCAGCAUAUGUGAAGUUUGUUUGCUGUCAAAGUGUCGUUCAGAAUUUGAUCAUUUCCAUCGUUUUCUGUAGUUUUACAGGUUUUUUUAGUGAUCUCAACUUUUGAUGUGCAGCAAGCUUAAUUUUGGUUAAUAAACAGGUCAGGACUGAAAGAGAAAGGUAGAAAGAGACAUGCCGUGUAGUAUGCAGGUUAACAGUUGUCACUGUCCUGUUUCCGAUUAAGCUGUAAAAAAAAAACCUGAUUAUUUUAUAACUACAUUUGAGGCGUGAAUCCUGCUGACAUCUGUUCUUUUGACCGUCUGUGUCAGAAGAAGUCAUCUUUGAGAUAGUUUCACUCGUGGGUCCACGAUCGGAGGCCUCAGGGAGCUUGUUAUGAAGGACACAGAGCAACAAGAAAGUGCAAAGUAACACAGCACAAGAUGAUUAAAACAACUGCAUUAGGAUGUUAGGAGAGAUUGCAUUGAAGUCCUGUAUUUAGAGACAAAACAGGAGAUGUCUCUAAUUAGAGGAUACCUGCACUUGUAUUCAGGGUACAGGGUCAUAAUACACCUGGACGGCCCGUCAAGUAUGGUCUUAAUGUGGGAAACAAUGCUCAGGGACGUGUGUGAAAAAAUAAUGAGAGUGCACAGACAUAAGUGAUCUCUUUGUUUCCUAUCUUGGUGCUUAAUGGUUAAUCAGUUUAUUCAGAUGUUUUUUUUUAAUGUCAAAAUUUCUGUAUUUAGAUUCUUUUUUUUACCGUGAAAGGAUUUUCUGUAGAGCUGAAACAAGUAAAAAGACAAGAUACCCUUCCCAUCUUACCUCAACAGGAACAUUAGCAUUGUUGCAGCAGUACAGGCACAAAAAUAAUUGGUCAAAUUACUGCUGAUGGGAGCCAGAACAUCAUUAUGACAUCUGGGCUCUCCAGGCUGGCUGUAUGGUUGGUCAUGACUCUUUGGCCUUUAAACACGGCUGAAAAUCCGCACCAUGUGCACAGUUUCCACAUUUUAAUUCAGAAUGUGUUAAUCGAGAUUAAUGCAUGAUUUGUGGUCGACCACAGUACUUGCACUGAUACACGCACACAUAUUUGGCUGGUACUUUUCAGUCUUUGUUUUGAUGCAGUUUAUAGAUUUCCAUCAAAGCUCGACAGACCGUAGAGGUAACGUUUGUUCUCUCUUCCACAGGUUCCUCUUCAGCUCAUUGAAUGUGCAGAGUGUCGGGAUAUGUUCCAGCUACAUGUGACCUGUAAGGAUUGCAAAGUCAUCAGGUAAGACAGAUUAUACACUCCUCUUUGUCAAAGGUUAAGAAAUAAUAAACUCUUUUGUAUCCUGUUACAUCCAUCUGCUGGAUGACAAGCUGGAUAACUCCUCGGUUAGGAAGUAUGUGCUGUCUCAGGGUCUUAAUAAUAAGAAUUUGUAAAUUCCUCGGCUCUUUUUUCUCCCCAGGUGUCAGUUCUCCACUUUUGAACAGUGUCAGGAAUGGCUGAAACGUCUAAACGCAGUCGUGCGCCCUCCCUCUCGUCUGGAAGAUCUCUUCUCCUUUGCAUUCCAUGCCUGGUGCAUGGAGGUGUACGCUGGCGAGAAGGAGCAGCACGGGGAGUUGUGCAGACCAGGUGACCCACUAUCUCCUACAUGUGUGAACAUGAUUCCUGCAGAAUAUUCACUCAACCCUGAGCUUAUCUGUCAUCUUUACUCUGACUGUAGGGGAGCACGUGACCUCCUGGUUCAAGAAUGAGGUGGAGAGGAUGGGCUUUGACACUCAAAACGCCUGGAGGAUAUCUGACAUCAACAGCAAAUUCAGGUAGGAUUGUUUCCAUUCAGGUUUUUGCUGCUGUGCCCUUUUCUGUGACAAGAAACUGGAUCUCUUCUUGGUGUUCAACACAAGUUUGUGCUCGUGUUAGCCUAUGGUUUGUUGUGUUAUUGUACCUCACUGUUAUUGCCCCUCAGGCAGUGAGGAACCUAAGCUCAGGAUAAGAUGUCUGUAGAUGAGGACUUGAAUUUAGCCAUACAGCUAACUGGAAUCCCCGUCUGUGUUUUCUUCUUGUUUAAUCUUUGCCCUCUCUGUCACCUUCUUUGCCAGGCUUUGUCCCAGCUAUCCUCAGCAGCUCCUGGUGCCAGCCUGGAUCACUGACAAGGAGCUGGAAAACGUGGCAGCCUUCCGGUCUUGGAAGAGGUUUCCUGCUGUAGUGUACAGGUAGGUGUGUUUGUUUUGAGGCACUGAAUCAAACCUGUUUACUACCACACAGCAGUGAAGAGCUUCUUAUGAACCAAGUGAUAAUGUUGGUUAAAGGUAUCAAACCAUCUUUAAUUAAUCAUCUAUAUAUUAUCUAUAUCUUAUAGGCAUAUCAUCUAUAUAAACAAACUAUUACGGGGCUGAAAUGAUAAGUCAAAUUAAUGAUUAGUUGAUAGAUGAUUUUAAUAAUCUGGGUAAUGUUAGUUUGAACUAUGAAAAAAAGUUACAACAAACAUUACUUCUCUGCAGAUGGAAAAUUUGAAUGUGUUUGAGUGUAAGAAAACUGCUGUGGCUUUGGAAAUGACCCUUUUUUUAAUUAAAAUAAACUGAAAUUUUACAUGCAAAAUGUUUAAUGCAGUUAUAAAAAGGAUAGAUUAAUUGAUGAUUGAAUAAAUUGCUGUUUGAAGUCCAGUUGAUUAAAAAAAAAAGUGCUGAACGACAACAAAACGUACUGUUUUCUGUAAGAGAGGGAGGGACAGAUAAUCCUGAAUUUUAUCCAGGACACAUACCAAAUUAAAAACCCGAGACAGUGGACUGCCUUUGUUGUGAUGUUCUAUCUAAUGUGACUCCUAUAGGCACCAGAUCACUGGAGCUGUAAUCGCCCGCUGCGGCCAGCCAGAAGUCAGCUGGUGGGGCUGGAGAAAUGCUGAUGACGAGCACCUGGUCCAAUCCAUUGCCAAGGCCUGUGCUGUAGACAGCAGCUCCCGUAAGCACCUUUCCAACGGCGGCUACGGGAACGGCUCUGAUCUGCCUGACACAGACUUCGGUAAGAGUUCACGCUAAGUAUCAUUUGCUCGCUGACAUACCGCGCACUACACCUACUCAUGAACACACAGGUGAAUACACACCCACAACCACAGACUGACAGACUUCUUCAUGCAGAGCACUUAUCUGCAGGAGUAGCAGACACUGUUGUGCAAUCUGAUCUGUUAGGGCUUGUUUGAAACAGCAGCCUCACAGGAAGAUAUGGAUCACAGGAGCUGUUUUUUUUUCUUUGAAAAGGCAGAUUAUUUUGAGUUUGUGAUCAUCUUUACAAACACCUGCCUGAGUUUUCUUCUUCUUCUGUUGUCUUUAUUAGAAUCCUCCAUGACCAACAGCUCAGAGGUGGAGACGUUGGCCAUCCAGCCCCAUAAGUUACUGAUCUUGGAUGCUAGGUCCUACGCUGCUGCUGUAGCUAACAGGGCCAAAGGGGGAGGCUGCGAAUGCCCAGGUGGGUCUUCUCGUAAACUGCACCUGUGGUUGUCAUGCUGGCCAAAAUGAAAACCAGAAACAUGUUUCAUUUUGUGUUUUUGACCACCAUUUUUCCUCCUGUUCCUUCCUCCUCUAGAGUAUUAUCCCAACUGCGAGGUGGUGUUCAUGGGCAUGGCCAACAUCCACUCCAUCCGCAAGAGUUUCCAAUCUCUGCGGUUCCUCUGCACUCAGAUGCCUGAUCCAGCCAAGUAAGCAGUAUCUCUUUUUUUCCCCCCUCUGUUGUAACUCUUUUUAGACAGUCAGCUUUAAAGCUUUGCUGUAGUUUCUGUAGGUAACAAGUAAUCACAGCUCUGGUUUGAUCUUGGCCUGAAUGCAGUGCCAGCGCCUUUUUGAUCCUUUGGAUGCUCUGGCUGUGGAAACUAACUCAAAAAUUACUUUGUGAAAACUCAGUCACAGACUUAAUCUUGUGCUGGUAUGCGUGCAAAAUUAGUCGAAGUUGCAAAACUUUCAGCUAAGAACAAAGUGAAAAAAAAAUCAAAGAGUGUGAACCAACACGUGGUUGAGAUCCUGUGGGCUGAGGGCGGUAAAUCUAGCAUGGAGACCAGGGUUGAGCUGUCCUCACUACAGAUUGAACUAGGGCUGGGCGAUAUGGCCUCAAAUCAAUAUCAUGAUAUAUUGAUCAGUUCACCUCAAUAACGAUAAAUGGACGAUAACUACCACACAAUCUGCUCACCCCCUCCCGAGUUAACUUUGUCUACUUCAGCGAAUACAACUUUUGAACCGUCCUCCAUCUCCUCACUUGUCUUUCCCUCUUUGUUACUGGAUGGGGGUGGAGUCACGCCUCUGACGUAGGACAGCAUCUUAAAGGGACAUGAGACUAUAGCCUACCUACACACAUCCAAAAUCUACUUUUACACUGAAUAUAUGGAUAUGGGCAAAAUGACGUUGGUUAAUGUCGUAAAUUUCGGUAUCUGUAAAUUUUGGUUUAUCGCCCAGCCCUAGAUUGCACUGAGAAUGUCCUUAAAGGUUGUCAGGAGUUCAAAACAAGGAAUAAGGUUUUAUAAAACAUCCUCCUUCAUCUUGAUCCCAUCUUAACACAUUCAUUCAGAUCACAUAGUUACCCCUGUAGAGCUUCCUGUCUUUGGGCAACCUUUGCCUCUGCUGCUAAAAGCUCUACAGUUUUUAGAAACAAUGUUUUAGUCUGUGUUUGUCCCGAGAGCAUGAUUGUUGACAAACCUGUAAAAUUUGAAAGUAAAAAUUGAGUCACAAGCUUUCCUGUCAGACAAGGACGCUCCGGGUUUCUCAAUACAUAGGAUUAGCGCAGUCUUUGAAAAGACAACAACAACCCAGAUAAGACAAAGUAGGUAAACAUUCACUCAUAAUUGAAGUAGGUCAUGGUUUAAAGUGUCACAUAAUCUUUGUCCAAAUAAGCUAAAUCAUUCGCUAAGUCUAACAGAACAACACUUUUUUGCCAAUAAUCACACCGACUGCUAAAUACUCGGGGCCAGACAUGGAUUCAGUUUGAUUCAGAGUUGUCUCAGGAUUCAGGGUCAGAGUUCAUCCAGGACUGGGGAAAGAGUGUAAAACAAACAUAACAGGGUCUGUUUUUAUCUUCUUUUGACGUGAAGAUGCUGGAUGAAGAUCUGUAAAGGUGUGGGACAGAGUCUUCAGGAUUUGGUUUAUUUUUGCCUCAAAGUUUGUCAUCUGAAUACUUUCUUAACCCUUAAUUCUUCACAGCAGACAAAUCGUGACAGAUGUCAGCUUGUUGGGUCAGGUUCUGCCAUGUUCUGAAGUUUUACCAGGAUGUCCUCACUUUCCCCUCUCAUCCUCUUCUCCAGUUCACUCAAACAUACAUGUUCAUACCCAAAUAAAUGUAUUUCUCAUCGUUGUGAAAGGGCUGAAGAUGAAACUUGUUUUCCUUUUAAACACACGCGCUGCUAUCUUUUAGUGGUUAAGGCUACAUGAGGUCCUCUUAUCUGUGUGUGUUUGCAGCUGGCUCUCUGCGCUGGAGAGCACCAAGUGGCUGCAGCAUCUUUCCCUGCUGCUGAAGGCGGCGCUGCUGGUGGUCAACGCCGUGGACCGAGACCACAGGCCUGUCCUGGUGCACUGUUCUGAUGGGUGGGACCGCACACCUCAGAUAGUUGCUUUAUCCAAGCUGCUGUUGGACCCUUACUACCGCACUAUUGAGGUACAGACACAGAGUCUCUGCUCUCUCUCUCUCUCUUACUGGCAUCUGUUGACUCUUUUUCUUGACCGUGUCUCUGUCUUCUCGCAGGGCUUCCAGGUUUUGGUGGAGACAGAGUGGCUGGACUUUGGCCAUAAAUUUGCAGAUCGAUGCGGUCACGGAGAAAACUCGGAAGACCUGAAUGAACGCUGCCCUGUCUUCCUGCAGUGGCUAGACUGUGUUCACCAGCUGCAGAGGCAGUUCCCAUGCUCCUUUGAGUUUAAUGAGGCCUUCCUGGUGUGUACGAGUUUAUAGAGAAAGUUACCCUGGUGGUCCUUGGAGCUUCACGUGCUUCUUAUCUUACCUGUCCUGUGGAUACGAAUCUUUGCAUGUUUGUUUGUUUUUUUGUGUGUAUACAGGUGAAACUUGUGCAGCACACCUACUCCUGUCUAUUCGGCACCUUCCUGUGUAACAGCGGCAAAGAGAGGGAGGACCGCCAUGUUCAAGAGAGGACAUGCUCCGUCUGGUCACUGCUGAGACCAGCCAACCGCACCCUGAAGAACAUGCUGUACUCCUCACACUCUGAAACCGUACGUCCUCCAUCUCCUCUGUUACGUCUAGACUUCUCAGGAAGAAGCGAUCAGUCCAGUUUGUUAUUUUAUCAUGCUUCUGAAAAAGUCUUAAAGACACCACCCUUUCGAGAAAUGCAUUCAGUGGUUUAUGUUGAUUCACAUUUCUGUGUGUGGGUUUCAUAGCUGUAAAUAUUGUUUAUGUACCAUGACUGGGAAACCAUACUGAAACAGCUCUUAAACUUUUCAAUGUUCUUGUCAAUCUUACACAAAUAACCCCCAUAAAAAAAACACCAAAGCAGCUGUUAAAUCUUAUUUUUCCUGCGUUAUUGAUGCCCUCCAAAUGUCUGGUUACAUUCUUAGUGAAGUCGCUGCUGUUGUGGUUCGCAGGUUCUCCACCCGGUGUGUCACGUACGCAACCUGAUGCUGUGGACGGCGGUCUAUCUGCCCAACUCCUCUCCGACCACCCCUUCCGAUGACUCCUGCGCCCCCUACCCUGCGCCCGGAUGCAACCCCGAGGACACGCCCCUGGCCAGGUGAGCCUGGCUUGCUGGAACCCGACCCCCUUCUCUUCUACACUCAUGUAAGAUCGAGGACUCCCACAGUCCUGAGGAGCUUGACUUUUGACCGCCGCUGCUUAAGACUCUCUGCUCCGCUCAGGCCCUCAGAGCCGCAGAUUCUGCUUUGUGUUCUGCUUACUUUGUGUCUCGUGACACAACAGCAACAGGAUGUUUCAUCUUCGUGUUGACACAGUUUGUGACAGCGAGCUCUAACUUAGUGUGAGCUGCAUUUUCCCUGCGUUGUCGAAGUUGACCGUAUUAAAACUGUAUCUCAAUGUGCGGCUACAAGUGGAUCACCGGAGUUCGAACAUGAAGAGCCGUUGUUAUGUAACCAAGUCUGUUUCAAAAGCAUAACUCUGCUCUUUCUCUCUCUCUUUAGAUGUACAAAGACUCGUUCCUUCGAUAACUUGCCAAGUGCAUGUGAGCUGGGGAGCUCCCUAGCUCCCAACCGCCGCUCCAGUGACCCGAGCCUAAAUGAGAAAUGGCAGGACCACCGGCGAUCUCUGGAGCUCAACAUGGCAGUGGGGCCUGAGGGAGGGGGCAGCCAAGAUCAAGAAGUGCUGCCCAACGGAGUGGGGCCUUGCUUAGAGGGAGGGGACUCCGAGCUGGACGAGAGCCCUCAGCCCAGAGUCACACACGCUGAGCUCGGACACGGAGCCUCUGGAGGCCCAGCAGAGGCAGUAGAGGAAGCAGAGGAGGCCGAGCUCUCUGUGGUGGUAGGUGUGGCAGAGGGCCAGAUGGAGAACAUCCUCCAGGAAGCCACGAAGGAGGAUGCAGGCGCAGAUGUUCAGGCCGAGGAAGGUACUGUCGCCACGUAUGAUAUAAACACUUCUGAGACAGAGAUGGGUAAGGAGGCUCAAGCCGAGGAGGAGGAGGAUGUGUGUGCUAAGGUCAAUGACUCUGAGACUGAGACAGGAGCAUUUGCAAAUGGUCACCAUCCAGAAAAUGGUGUAAUGGAGGGUGAGGAGAACAUGUCUCCCCCUCCUCCUCCUCCUCCUGCCCAGGAAGCAGAGGAGCUGGAUCAGAAAGCUGCCGAGGUCACUCGGGCAGCAGGUGAUCCAGUCGAGGAGGAGAAAGAGGACUCUUCUGUACAAGAGGAGCUUUCACAUGGACCCAGUGAGUCCUGCUCAGGUGAGCCAGUCACUCAUAGAACUAUAACUAAUGGCUAUUUGGAGGGGUCACCUGAGGAGCAAGGCGUGGAUGAGGAGCCCUGCUCUCACUCUGAAUCUGUCAGUGUUAACUUGGGGCAGGUUGAGCAGGUAGAUAAGAGGGCCUCCCUCAUGGAAAGCUCCACAGAGACUCUAACUGAGGAGGCCUGCAGCAAGUUGGAGCCGCCAGCACAUUCCCCUGUUUGCCCAAGUCAUCAGCCCUGCAGUGAAGGCAAGAGUCACCCCCCCUGCUCCAGGAAGGAGAGAGGAGUGGAGACAGCGGAGCAUGGCUUUUUCAGAACUUUAAACGGGGGCAGCAAGCGUCCCUCUGUCAGUGCCUUUCAGUCUUUCAGUGGUGACCUCAGUAGGGACGGGCUUUGCAAUGGCGACAACUCAGAGGGGGAACCCUGCACAGGACCUCACUGGGCCAAAGGAAACGGGGAGAGGGCCCCUCUGAGCCGCCAGGUGUCCUUGGCGAGCUGCAACUCCCUGAUCCUCCACCCCAGAGGCAGCUGCUCACAGCACCGCUGGUGCCACGCCCUGUUAGGCCGGGCAGCAAUUAGCCCGGAGCAGCCGUCCCGCAGCCACCUGGACGAUGACGGGCUAACGCUCCACACAGACGCCAUCCAGCAGAGACUGAGGCAGAUCGAGGCGGGACAUCAGAUGGAGGUGGAGACGCUGAAGAAACAGGUGCAGGAGCUGUGGAGUCGGCUGGAGAAUCAGCAGCAUGCUGGGUCCCACAGGAUCAACGGAGACAUGGGAGAUGAAGUGGUAAGACCUGUAAACUCUGAAAUUAGACUGUCCAGUAUCUGUGUUAGCUGUGACUGUAGCUCAUACCACUUCCUCUUCUUGGUUUAAGUGUAUCUGGUCCUUUUUUCUGUGUCUCCCUUCGUGCAGACCUCAAUUACAGACUCCGAGUACAACCUGGACCCCAACUGUUUAUCACGCUGUAGCACAGAGUUCUUCUCUGAGGCCAGCUGGGAGCAGGUGGACAAACAGGACACUGAGGUGAGCAGCUAGAUUGAGGUAUAAGUAACACCUUUAAGGUAACGGUUGUGUCUAUUUAAAGAGUCCAGAAAUGGCAAAGAAAUACCGUCAGAUGGUUGGUGGGCUGCCCUGAAGACGAGAGCUGGGAAAUGAGAUCAGUCUGUGCUUCACAGGUGACGCGUUGGUACCCGGACCAUUUGGCAGCCCAGUGUUACGGCUGUGAGAGCAGGUUCUGGCUUGCCACCAGGAAGCAUCACUGCAGGUAAGAACUGAGAGAUUUCUGUCUGCAGGAGGGGAUAUUUCCUCUGUUUAGGUGUCCUGAUAAAUCCUCUGAAGCAUCACUUGCGUUUCAUGCAUUAGUUUGGUUAAAAUAUCCCUUUAACUCUGACACCACAACGACCUCUGCUCCUGUAGAUAUUCUGUUUAGCUAGAAGGCUAGCCCUGAAGAGAGAGAGAGAGAGAGAGCAGCAGUGGUCGAGUGACCUAUGAGUGAGUGAUGCUCAUAAAGGAGACAGUGACUAAGAAACUAGAACCGUGUUAUUUUGUGCUUCGUACAGAGUUCAGAAAUACGUCCUGGUCUUUGCACAAACGUGUGAGAGAAAGAUUGACUUUGUUUGUAUGCAGCUGCUCCUUAUUUGUCCCUGUUUGUAAGUAAGUGUGUGUGUUUCUCCAUCACUCUCUGUUUCGCCCAUAGCUCUUACACAACAAUGACAUAGACAAACAGUUUGAAUUAAAGGGUCAGGAAAUAACCGUGUUUUGUGGAGGCCUUUUGGCGUCUCGUCGUGAGAUAGAAAAGUUACAUUCGCACCUGUUUCAGAGUUACAGACAGCAGAGAGGAGAGUUAUCUGAUGGCUGUUUUUUCUCUUGGUUUCGUUCUUUUAACUGAGUGAGAGAUCAGCAGAGAAAUGCCCCAAACAUGGACACAUAAUAAUGACCCGAAUCCAAAAAUAUAACCCAGAGAGCAUCGUCCCUAAAAACAUCACCAAGACUGUGCAGAGAUGCAUAAAUGUCCACAGCAUGUAUAGCUCACACAUAGAUAGGCGUUAUUAAUGCUUAACAACAUUGACCAGAUUUGGAGAAAUAGUCCUUUUUGCAGGACAGACCUUGCAGAUUUCAGUAAAGCGAUGCCAAAACCACAUUCUGCACGUCUUACAAUAGCGCGUCUAGACAGUCUGAACUUGUCACUCAUUAAAAACAUUAAAUCAUGACAGAGGGAAACCCAAAGAUAACCAACAAGAUAUUUUAUUUUCAGUGUUUGAAAUGUUCUCUUUGCACUUGAAGUAUGUGGUUUGAAUGAGUAACAAACCAUCAUAAUCUGUUUGUGUCAACAUUUUACAAAGCUCAACUUGUAUUUUGGGAAUAAUGUGAUUACAUAUGAUGAUAGAAACCAUCACACUCCCUGUCUCCUCUAUUUAAGAAACAGAAACAGUUGCAUUUCUGACUGUUAAGUUUGUAGCUUUUGCCCAAACCAAAACAUGCGGGUAAAUAAAGACUGUGACGAUAAAUAAUCACAUUAACAGUCAGAUUUGAAGAGGUAAACAUCAAACGCAGGAUUUAGUCUGUAGCUAAUUCAGAUUUUUAUCUCCUUGCAAAAACACAAAUCUUUAGCAGAAAGCAUGUCAAGUGCUCAGAAGGUAUUCAUCCAUUGUCUGCCCCUCUCCUCUACAGUGGCAGGGAGCCUGUCCAGGAGGUCUGGUGAGAUCUGGCUCCUCUGUCCCCCCCACCUCCACUACCCCACCCUUCACUGUCCAUCCUUUAACCUGUCAAUGCUGCACCUUUCUUUUAACCCUUCCCCCAUCCAACCCUGCUCUUCCCCUCCUCGCGGAGUGCCUCCAUUCUGUUGUGGUUGUCAGUAAACUCUGAAGGGAAAUUUUCCUUUUUUUAUUGAUUCUUUUAUUUUUUAUUUAAGUGUGGCUAUGUAGAAGUUGAUGGCUGUAGCAGAUGCUGGUAACAGUGGGAGAGUAGGGAUCGGUCAAGGGCUGUUACUUUGUUUUUGUUCAUUUGUCAAAUUGAAAAGAAAAAAUCUAAAAGGAAAAAAAAACACUCCUUGAAAUGUCCCCUCCUCCUCCUCCUCCUACCACAGUGCCUCAUCCACGCCCUGCCCUCCCACCGCCCUCUUUGCCCAUAUCCUGGCAGCAUGCUGCCCCAAACCAGCCCACUGCAUCUCACCUACCGAAAGCACAGCAUGCUACUCAGAGAUUAGUCAACUCUGUUGUGUGAAAGAGUUUUCACUUAAGGUCAGCUCUGUAUGUAAUCUGAGCAUGGGUAUCCAGAGCCUGUGUUACCUACCUGUCUUCUUGUCUAGCAGUGAUGGGCAGAAUAAUCAAUUGAGCAGCAGUCAGUGACGGUCGGCCGUUCCUAAAGCAGCAUGUGAUCCAACAUCAGGCUCAUUGUCUCAUCAGCUUCCUGCUUUAAAAACGCAAAAAAAACCUCCAACAACUCGACCUUUUGUUGCUAGUUAAAGCCAUCUCAGUACUUCUCACUUGACUUGCAUGGAAUGAGAACGAUAUAGGAUGUGUGGUAACAGUGCUAUAAUAUUAUAAUCUCUAUAUGAAGUGCACACUAACUUGGGCUGGCGUUUAUGUCUUACACUUUUGUCUGUUUGAAGUGUGUUUGUUUUUUUCUGAAACCAAAAUGAAACUCUUUAUUCACUAAUCUGAGGGUGGGUGAUAGCUUCAUCUGAUAUGAGCAUUUUAGUUCGACCUCUAACUAACAUAGAAAUGUCACCAUGUUUCGUGACAAAGAUUUGCUAGUUAAAAUUUUGUUAAAAAAAUGCUGAUUAUGAUUAAUUCAGAUGUUUUGACUCGUCAUGUCUUUAUUAAUGAAAUCACUUGUCAUCUAGUUAAUUUCCAACAUGAUUAAAAGUUCAGUUUAAUGUGUUUUCAGUUUAAUAUCAUGAUUGUCCACAAAUCUUUUCUUGUAUUAAAUACCCACAAGUGAGUCCUGCUGUAGGUCUGGAUGAAUCCUUAAUGAAAAAAAGUUUUUGUAAAGUUCAAUUUUAAUUCUGUUUAUCAUAUUUUAAUACCUUCGGUUUCCUGCUGUUUAAAAAUGUAAACCUUUUUUUUUAAACUGUAUUUUAUUAAGUUUUUACAAAAAAGAAAAACAUACAAAUAACACAGCAGAAAUAGCAAUGAUGUACAAAUGACCUAUACAGCAAAACUAUCAAAAAAUCCAAAGAAGAGAAAAAUAAGUGAAUAAAGAUAAAAAAUAAUUUAAAAAUCAUAAUAAUACAAGUAAAAGAGUAGGAACAGAAAUAAAAAAAAUACAACUGAAAAAGUAGCAGCAGUGGAGACUUGAAGACCUCAAGUUAUAACAACAUCUUCAUCGUCCAAAAAUUCUGUAAAAAGUUUCCAUACUAUAACAAACUGUUUUCUUUUCCCUCUGACAGUUUAUGUAAGUCUUUCCAAUUUGAACUUUUUUUAUGGAAACAUGAAUUUCUGACCCUUCUCAAAGGUUAACCUUUAGUAAUAGUCAAUAGAGAGAUGGACAGACUCAAAUAGUCGAAGCUCAGGACUCACUGAAACUCUGUUGAGAGAGUAGCUCACCUCCUUAACUGCAUACCAUACUCUAAAGGUGAGUACAUAGUGCAGUGACUUGUUGCUGCACGUCACCUCUCUCCUCUUAUCACCUUUUCCUGCUCUUUAAAUCAAAAUCAGGAGAUUUAUCCCAGAAUUAUCUGAGUCUGUCCUUGUUACUCUCUGUGAUAACAACAUCUUUAGGAGAACCUCAAACAAAACUGAAUAAAUAAAAUUUCAAACUUUUGUGCAAAAUAAUCAACAAUCAAACCCAGAAAUCUGAGCGCCUCAUGAAUUUGGAAUAAAACUGUAAACAUUGAGUGUUUGCAAAGUAGAAGCAUGUUGACUGUUGGUUUACGAUCUCUAUCUGAGGGUCCAUUAUCGACAUGCGUGUGUGUCUCCCUGCAGGAAUUGCGGUAACGUGUUCUGCGCUAGCUGUUGCGACCAGAAGAUCCCAGUGCCAAGCCAGCAGCUGUUCGAGCCCAGCCGUGUCUGUAAGACCUGCUACGGCAGUCUCCAGCUGAGCCCGGCUCCCCUGGACCUGGAGCUGGAGAAACCCAUCACUGCGAGCUCCAACUGAGUUUUUCAAGGACUGGAACAGGAGGGGGAGCUGGGCUGAGCCGCCAGCCGCUGACACAGGCGCACUGCUGAAGAAGAAGAAGAAGAGCACAGGAGCUACAUGGAAUGUCCUAUGUACUUAAUGUGUGUGUGGUGUGUGUGUGUGCGUGUGCGUGUGCUGCAGAUGUGGAAUUUAAUGUGUACAUACUGAGGAUGUCUCAGCGGAACAGCUGAACGGUGUGACCGCGUGAUGCAGAGCGCUCUGAACGGUGGGUGUGUAUAGAGGUGAAGUGUGUGAGACAGUGUGAGGAGAAAUCACACGUUCAUCAUGCAAAAGGGUUUUCGGCAAUGACAGGUGUGCGCUGUGAAGCUAAGAGGAGUGAGAAUGGACAUCCUGGUGCCUUGGACCAGGCAGGCAGAGGAGGUUGUCUCACUGUGUCGCUGAAGUCUCUCGGAGGACUUCGGUACAUUGAAUCAUUGCUUGUCUCAUCCACUUCUCUUCAGACUUCUUUGUGUCCACAUCUCUCCCAGCGUGGACUUCAUCGUAUCUCGGAAAGAUUAGGAUUAGUACCAACAGGAAAAUGUCCAGACAGCACACAUCAGACAGCUCCACGAAUAUCUGGCGUCCAGAGAGUAGUCGUAAGGGUCAGUUCACCCAACAUCCCCCAGAUUAGAUGUUUAAAAACAACUCUUUGUCCAAAAAGUAGUUAAAAACCAAGUAAUGAGUAUUAUUUUUAUAGAUUUGAAGUGAUACUGACACCAGAACAGUGGAAUAAAACCUUAAAAUGAUCUAUUUUAGUUAAUUUACUGUAAUUUUGCUUUUUUGUCAUUAAAUUGUUACAGCAGUGAAAAGUAAAAACCCAAAGAGGAACUCAAGGUAACCAGUUUUAUCACACUUCUGUUGAGCUUCUGGCUUUUCAAAAAUGAAACGCUAAUAAUAGGAAAGAAAAUCUGCCACAUCGUGUCCUUAGUUUAGGUUGGAUCCAGUAUUUAAAGCCCCUGUUACGAGUGUUUAACUGGUUUUGAAACAGACUGAAAAUAAUCCUGAUGCGUCUUUAUGAUCUACAGAAGUAAACACCACUUGACUUGUACAGGACAAGAUCAGAGGAGCGAUAUGAUGUUUAUAUUUGCCCACAGGGGAUGUGAAAAGUGACACAAACCAAAAGUCGAGCAACUUGAUUUUUUAACGUCGUUUCUGAGUGAACAAAAACACCUAAAGCAUCUCUCUUUUUAACAUCAAGUGGUCCUAUUAUCUAUUUUAUUUGGGUGAACUGACCCUUUAAAUUGCCUGGACUAAAUCUGAACUCAGCAAGUGUGUUUGCCUGAAGUGAUUUUUUUGUGUUUUUGGUGCACAUUAUAAAAUGUUCGGGCACAUCUCAACAAAUUGGAAUAUACUGAAAAAAAUAACAUAUUUUCUGUCGAUUUCAGAAAGUGAUUUGAAGGAGUCGAACCCGAGUGCUGAGUAAAAAUUAAGACGCACACGUUGGGAUUUUAACUCUCUUUUUUAAUUAGUCUUCAGAACAACUUUGAGGUGCUAUAUUUGUGAUUUUUUUUAAGCACCUGAUAAUCAAAAUCAAAACCAGAAAAGACGAGGAAUGCUUCACCUUAACAUCCAGUAAAUAGAGAAAAUCUUAAAGUUUACAUCAGAUAAAAUAAAAUAAAAUAAUUUGCACAAUAUUCCAGUUUGAUGGAGAUGCCCCCUUUGUGUGCAUGAGUCUGUCUUUCUCUUUGUUUUCGCCCCCUCUCUCUCACUCUCUCUGUCAGCUUACAAGUGAGUACAAAAAAAAUCAAUUGCUCGCAGUUUUGUCUGCAUCAGUUCAGAUCUGACAUUGAACAUGUUGAGGUUCACCCCGGAGUGCAAUCACAGAAUGCUGGAUUCUUGAACACUGAGGAUUUUUAGAGAUUUCAACAAAACCGAGGCCGAGGAGGUUUUUUUUCUAUGAAAGUUUCACUCUCGCUCUGCCCGCGGUGAACAGAGAGACGGUGUGUACUUUCAUUUUCAUGGUCAAUAAGCCCUUUGAGGAAGUUUGUGAUGUAUUGAACAUUUUUAACAUGACCCCUGAACAGCUGACGGUCACUGGGCUCUGCUGCGAUCACAGCCUGUUAGUACUGGUCUGCUGGAAGGUUACACUGAUGUGUUGUGGCGUUGUCGGUUUGUGUCAGACAGCAGUUGAGCUGAAGAUUGAUUGUGCCCGACACGGACCAACUGAUUGUGCGAGUGUGAAAUCUCUCCUGUUAGCCACACCUUUAUGCCCUUCACUCUCCACGUUUCCCUUUUGUUGUGUUUACCCAGCAGGCACUGGGAUCUAGACAUUUUGUGGUAUUCUCAGCCCCAGUGGACACCACAAGUGAAGAAAAAAGACCCGGACACUUUCAGACUUCUUCACUCAGCUUUUUCGGACUUGUUUUCUCUGAAGGUGACGGUCGACCUCACUUGUGAUUCCCGCUUCGAUUGGCUGAAACAGUGAGAGCGCUCUCGAACGCCUGCUCUGCACACCCAUUCAGUGACCUCCUCGCACACGUAAACAUGUUUUGUAAAAUAAAUGAAUGAAAUAAUAUAUUCAGAUACCUAUAUAGCAUUUAAGAGAAUUGUAUUGAAUCCUUGAAUAGUGGCUCACUUAAUUAGUCACCAAAAAGUUUUCUUUUUUUUGUUUUUUUUUUUUUACUUUCUUUGUUUUCUUAUGAUGUUAAUUGCAGAAAGAAACAUAUAUUUUGCAACCUGUUUGAAAAGAGCAGGUGUUUUUUAAAUAGAGAGGUAGAGAGGUGUACUGUUUUGAUGCUGCAGUUAUUUUCCCUUUCAAAUGCGAUGAUUACUAAUUUAUUUUAUUCGAGGUUUUGAUGUUUGAAUUGCCGUGUCCUCCAGACAAUUCAAUCGCCGCGGGAUAAUCAGUGUUUGUGUGACGGGAAAUGAGCAAUUGUUCUGAUCUUUGGCUUCACUAUCACUCAUCAUCAGCUGUGAUGCACUGAUUUAAGAACGGUCCAACAGAAGCUGUCAAAAAAAAAAAAAAAAAACCCAAACCGAUCUGACACAUACACCGAACAUCUAUAUUACUCCAUUCAAAUCCAUCUCCAAACAAACACUACCUCUACUGAGCACACACACGCAUGUUAGCGGACACGCACACUCGCACACUGAGCUUGCGGAGUAACUUACUUUUUAAAUCUACACCGUGAAGAACGGCGGUUGUCGUCAUCGGUCUUGAACACGGCAGAGUUAGAUUUCAUCUUUUUGUUGUGACUGCCAGACUUCAAAUCCUCAUCAUCCAGCUCGCCGUGUGAGCUCAGGCCGAGAUAGGCGUAUAACCACCGUCGUUUUGACUAUCAUAAAAAAAAUGCAUAAAUGAAAGUGUGUGAUUUACAACGUGAUGCUAUAAUCAACCUGAAGCUGUGCGUCUGAUCUCGUGUCCCUGACGACCUCUGUUGAACUGAUCGAGGUGUUAAAAAUCAGGUGAUUGAAGUAUGCAGCGGCGCCACAGUUUUAACAGGUCAGAACACGAGGUUUCCAGUCUUGGUUUAGCUCCCUGCCCUCUUUGUGAAAGCGCAGAUCUUUUUAUGUAACAGCUGCGAAUUCCUGCGAACACAAAAUCAGGACUUUGUUGCUGUAAAUUUGAUUCGACAAAAAAAUCUCUCGGACAGGCGUCACGAUAAGAACGGCGUUAACCGCAUCAAAUGUGCAACAGCUUCAUGACUGGCCUGUACUUCAUUAAUGAUUUGCAGUCAGAGUUUUGACCUUAGACUGAAGCCAUAACUGCGUGUUACUCCAGCUCAGUGAUGAUAUGAACUGGUUUAUAUUCUUAGGCCUUAUCCUCUUCACAGAUAUAUUUGUACCUGUACUAAAAGACCGCGUUUCAAACCUGGAGGAGUUUUCAUCUGAGGCUAAAAUUCUGUCACUUUUCCCGCUGAAACACUGACCAGAACUCUCUUUACCAUCCAAAGCAUGCAGGCGACAAAGCUUUUCUUAUAAAUCAAUCCAUUAAUGUGAAUUAUCUAAAAAAAAAAAGAAGAAAGAAAAACAGGCUAUUUUUUGCACAUAACCUAAAGUCGACACUGCCAGAGUGCAUCAGAAUAAGACACAGUGUGCUGUUCAGUAUUGUGGCGAGCGCCAUGGUUGUCGGUUGUCUGUGUGGGAGGGCUGGGUAACAUGGUGAACAGGUCAUCAUUUAACACGUCGCCAGGAUGAUCCCUUGCUUUUGUUUUUGUUGUUUUUUUUCACCCCCUCCCAACAAGUUCUCUCAAUCUGCAUUUGUUGUAUUUCUCUUCACUCACGCUGAUGCGCUAUUAGAGGCGUCACUGCAGCGGCCCAGUAAUCACUUGACGUGUGUGUGUGUGUGCGUGCGCGUGUGUGUGUGAAUGCACCAACCGUUUGUGCGACUGAGUGUGCGUGAAUGCGUCUCUUUUGGUGGAGACUGGUGCCAAGCAGAUUUACUACGGGUCUCUCACAAAAGGGAUCACUCGUGCUUUUUGUUUGAUUUUCCUCUUCUUUCCCUUCUGUUUGAUAAGCACUUUGAACCCUCUAAUGUCUGUCAGAGGAGUGUGUAGCUGUACAUAGCAAUUUCCUGUAACAAUAAGUGCUCCUUGUUCAGUCUGAAUAUUUUGUUUUGUUGGAUUUACUUUAAAGAGCAUUACAUUGUUGUAGAAUUAAAGGAGAAAUAAACUAGAUAAACCCGCUCUUGUUGUUGUUCGUUUUGC